AGGGUAGUUACAAGAUACUCUCGAUGCAUAGAUUGAUACGUAAAUUAUUUAUGUUAGCUGCCGGAGAUUCAAGUCGUUGCAACUAGACGAUGGUUGGGUGAGAAAUCGGGAAUCUAUGAUCCCAAGUUCUACCCAGACCUAUAGAGCCCGGGCUACGCAGCAAGCUUGACGUCGAUGUUCCUGCGUAGUGAUUACAGUAACAGGUCACGCGCGAGUGGCACCACAGUUGGACUGCGCAGCAGCUCGCAGCCGUCUUGAUUAUAAGAGGACGUUUACAACUACUAGCUUCAAUUGCAGCACAUCGGCACACACAAGGAUACUAGCAACGGGUGUGUGGAUUUUGGAGCAAACGCCGGCAUGAUAAUUGUUGAAACAAACCUAACACGCACGGACGACAAAGGCAACGGUCAGAGGGCAGGACUCCACGAGGGCUCAAGUAGUACCCCAGGGCCAUCCCCACCCCCUCCGUAUGCUUCCCAGACAUCUUAUCAACCCAUAACGGACGUAGUGGUGGUCGUAUAUCGUCAGUCACCCGUACAACGUUUCUGGAAAGCAUUCGGUGUCGCUUUACUUAUUUGGUUCGUUAUUGCUGCGUUCACCACAUCUUCCACCGAUAUGGCCUUCAAUCAUGGAUCUCGACCCUCCUGGGACAGUGAGCCACCUCAUCCUGGCUCACAAGAUGGCAUCGUCCACCAGUGCAUCAGUGGCUCCGACUGGACACUGUCCAACCAAAGCUUGAACCAAUAUCCCCAUACUGCCGAAGCAUUCCUAGAGCUCCCCGUUGACUCUGAUGCACUCUACCUGUUCACGAGGGGCUCUCAGCAAUCCGGUCAUGUUGAUAUCGUGCAAUCCACCCAGCCGACAGAUAAAGUUGGGGUCCAAGUGCGGGUUGGCUAUCUUACCCGCGAAGCGCUGGACCACGCCAAUGUCUGUCGUCUCGAACGAAAGACAAAUGAGAAUGGUGUCGGUAUCUUUACGUCCGCAUUCUCGCACUUCCCUGGCAAUAGACAACAGCUAAAAUUCGAUGUAAAGAUCACGCUACCCGCAGGGAAAAAUGGAGAUGCUCUGCACAUCAAAGCAUUCGAGACGGAGACAUCCAAUUACAGUCAAGAUGUCGCAGAUGUCUGGAACACUAUUUCCUUCGAUAGAAUAUCACUCAGAACAUCGAAUGGCCAUGUAAAUGCAAAGUCUGUCACCGCUGAGGAUGGUUCGAUCCGCUCUAGCAAUGGCGCCAUCAAAGGGCAUUUCAAUAGUGGCUCUUCUCUCAAGCUCACAACUUCAAAUGGCCCCAUUCAAGCAUCUGUUUCGCUCCUUAACCAAGAGAAUGGAGUUGUCAGUGAGCUCAAGAUGACAACAAAUAACGGUAAAAUUGAUGCCAAUGUGGAUCUUGUCACACACUCUGGCCACGGUGGUAUCUUCGACGUCGAAACGCGUACUUCAAAUGGCCCCGUCACCCUUGAAUAUACCGACAUGCCUGUCGACUCGGUUCUCAGGUCGGAAGCCCGCUCUUCUAACGCGGCAAUGAGCGUCAAGUUGCAUAGCACUUUCGAAGGCUCGUUUGACUUACAGACUUCAAACGCAGCAGCCAUGCUCAAGGAGCUGCCUGUUGAGGAUCCUUCUGGACAGGGACGUCGUAGAGAGGUGACUCAGAGACGAGAACGAUAUCGCCUCCGAGGGUCUGCCUACUGGGGCGAGAGCAAAGAGAUCGAAGGGUAUGCUACGGUCAAAACGUCAAAUGGUCGUGUGGAAUUAGUGAUCUGA